ACACGCCUCCCCCGCCUCCGCCAUCAAAACCAUCUCCAAAACCCCACUCCGCAAUGAGACCCGCAGCCGCAGCAGCCACCGCCACCGCCGCCGCUCUCCGCCUCCGCGCCGCCGCCGCUUCUCUCUCGCCCCCAGCCACAGCUCUCCUCACCCACCGCCGAGCCGCUCUCCUCCUGCCCCCUCUGCGCCGCCUCUGCUCCCCCGCUCCUCCCCGCGCCUCCGCCGCCCCCGACUCCCAGCCCCCGCCGCGGCUGCCCUCCUUCGUCAUGGACGCGCAGUUCGAGUCCUUCCGCGCGCAGCUUGACGAGUUCUCCACCCUCCGCGACCGUAUCCGCACCGUCGUCUCCGAGAUCGAAUCUGCGUCCCGCGUCGCCACCGCCGCGCUCCUCCUCGUCCACCAGCCCGUCCCCCUAGAAGAUGUGCUCGGGAAGGCGAAGGCGCAGGUGGAGGUGAUCAAGGGGCUGUACGCGCAGCUGGCGGAGGUCCUCAAGGAGUGCCCCGGCCAGUACUACAGGUACCACGGUGAUUGGAGGUCCGAGACACAGGCGGUGGUGUCGAUGCUCGCGUUCAUGCACUGGCUGGAGACUGGCGGGCUACUAAUGCACGCUGAGGCCCAGGAGAAGCUAGGGUUGAGCUCUGGGGAGUUUUGCCUCGAUGUUGAAGACUAUCUGACAGGAUUGUGCUUCAUGUCCAAUGAAUUUCCAAGAUUUGUUGUAAAUCGUGUCACUGCUGGAGACUAUGACUGUCCAAGAAAGGUUUUGAGCUUCUUGACUGAUCUUCAUGCUUCGUUUAGGAUGCUAAACCUGCGCAAUGACUUCUUGCGCAAGAAAUUUGAUGGGAUGAAGUAUGAUUUGAGGAGAGUGGAGGAGGUCUACUAUGACGUGAAGAUCCGAGGACUUGCACCAGCGGAGUCGAAACAAGAGGCGGCUCAGUCGUAGAAUCCUCAAUCCUGGGUAGUCUUAACGUACUUUUGUGGUUUGGCUUUUGCCAUCGAUAACGUGUUGGUCUGGCUAGAAUGUAGAAAAUCCUUGUUGGAAGCGUAUGUGAUAUGGGACUGGACUAGUGGUUUUGAAGGGACCUGCACUCCCAUCUGACUCCCAUAUCUGGAAGAGUCAUGUGCCAGAUAUUUCUCAAAGGGAACUGCCUGAUAUUUAUGUUGUCGAUUACGCUCAAGAGUAUACGGGGAUCUCUUUUGGUUCCUUUACCCUUUGCUUUCCAUGAUUGCACGGGCUGGACCCAAUUAAAGAUUUGGGCCACUUAUUA